GUGAGCGUGAAAAUUUCAUCGCAAAGUGCUCUCGAGAACCGUGGGGCUGCUCAAGAUGAAAGACGUCGAGUUCCAAGACAUCGAGUAUGCGGUCAACGUACGCAAAAGUUUCCUAAGUGAAAGUCGCAAACGGACGAUCCUGAAGGGCGUCAGUGGUGUCUUCCGGCAUGGACAAUUAACGGCGAUUAUGGGCCCCUCCGGGGCUGGCAAAAGCAGUCUACUGAACGCAAUUUCUGGCUAUCGUAAAUCAGGCGUCCAGGGAACAGUGCAUCUCAACAAGAAGGCAUCCUGCUAUAUUACCCAGGAAGAUCACCACCAACCGAUGCUGACCGUCGAAGAGCUGAUGGCGAUCGCGUGCAAACUUAAGAUCAAGGAUCAAACAGACUGCCAGGCGACGAUCGAGGAGGUGUUGUCGAGCCUUAACCUGAACCACCGACGAAAUGUGACGGCCGAGCGGCUGAGCGGUGGUGAAAGAAAGCGUCUCUCGAUUGCGCUUGAGAUGGUUGCCAAUCCGUCAGUGUUCUUCCUGGACGAACCUACAAGCGGGCUGGAUGAGGUGACGGCGGCCAACUGCGUGAGGUUGUUGCGAGAUGUCGCCCGCCAGGAUCGAACGGUCGUCUGCACGAUUCACCAGCCAUCGGCGAGCAUUUUCGCACUGUUCGAUCAUAUCUACGUGAUCGCACGGGGCCAGUGUGUCUACCAGGGCAACCCAAAGGCACUGGUGCCCUUUUUAUCGCACCUGAACAUCGAGUGUCCGCGGCACUACAAUCCGGCAGACUUUAUAAUUGAAAUCUGUGAUAGCGACACCCAGGAGCUCAUUCCAACACUUGCCAACGCAAUGCAGAACGGAAAGUCCAUCUGUUCCGAGCAACAGCUUACGGGAGCCACCGGCAUCACCAACUCCGGUCCCACUUCGAUCUCGUCCGAUCACGAACCAUCCUCGCUCGAACCGGUCGGUGAGUUCGUCCUUAAGCCAACCGUCACCUCGAUGAUCCUUGACCGGCAGGGACCGCACGUGAGCACACUGGUGCAGAAAAUGAAGCAGAUCACCCGCUUCUUCCACAACCGGCACGCGGUUUCUGGGUUCGUGCAGUUUUGGGUCCUCUUCCGGUUGAUGUGGACGAAGAUCAUACGCAACCGAACGGUGCUGUGGAUCCAGCUGAUACAUCACAUCGCGUGUGGCAUUUUCAUUGGACUCAUUUUUCUCAACGCCGCCAACGAUGGAGCGCGAAUGUUUGAUCACUUGAAGUUCUGCCUCGGGGUGUGCUUUUUCUUCUGCUACACGCAAGUCAUGGUUCCGAUUCUAAGCUAUCCCCGAGAAGUGAAGCUAGUGAAGAAGGAAUGCUUCAAUCGUUGGUAUGGACUGUUCCCGUACUAUCUUGCCCUGACGCUCUCUCGACUGCCCGUGCAGCUCUUCCUUAAUAUCGUGUUCACAAUGCUAGUUUACUGGUUGUCCGGUUUACCGGCCGAGCUUUUCCGCUACAGUCUGUUUGCGCUCGUCGGCAUCAUCGUGUCGCUAUGUGCCGAAGGAUUCGGUCUCAUGAUCGGUGCCACUUUUAACGUGAUGAACGGUUCCGCCAUCGGUCCACUAACAAUUGCGCCCUUCCUCGGGCUGGCCAUCUAUGGGUUUGAUUUCGCACCUCAAAUCCCGACACUAAUGCAAUGGCUAAUGCGCGUGUCGUUCAUCCGCGGUGGUGUCGUUUCGGUCGUACUCGUCGUGUUCGGUUACAACCGGGCUCAGCUGGACUGCAACGAGAUGUACUGCCACUUUGACGAUCCGAAGGUCCUGCUGCACUACGUACGUAUCGACAACACAACACUACUGUUUGAGCUGGGUAUUCUGAUCACGAUGACACUGUUCUAUCGGCUGGUAUGCUAUCUGAGCCUGCGAAGGCGAUUUUACAAGUAAAGGACGCACCAAGGCGCUCUCACGAUCGAGUACCAAACCGGGGGCGUUCCCCGUUGGUUUGAAACCAUAUUGUGAUUCUGUCGAUCGCUCGGAUCGAGAGUUUAGUUUUAGCGAACUAUUUCCUCAUGCGUAUCUGGGUUUCUCUCAAAACAAGCUUGCAUGUUUUCUUACUUCGGCAGAAUGCCUACCACAGUGCGCAAGCUGACAAUGAUGUGACAAAGACUUGUUUUUUUUACAUAUCAGUUCCAUAAGGGAUAGUGUAGUAGACUUUCACUUUUGUUUGGCUUAUUUACGUAGGAUUUAUACUAUCCACAGGGAAGGGCUUAUCAUAAGUGAAUCCAAAGUACUAAUGCCAGGAUAGGUUCUCUCUUCCCCAACGCAUUACAGCUCUGUGGAAUCAGUUUCCAAUUUAGCACGCCUGGAAUGAUUACCAGUACAGAGCGUUAUGCAUAAUGCAACAUUCCUUGUAGCUGCUAGAACAAACGCUACGGAUGUUUUAUAGAGUUAAAAAGCGAAAUCUACAAAAAAGGUGUUGAGGAGAUCGAGGCAGAAUUGCAGUUAUCUCUGUGCUCCGUUUUGACGCAACGAUAUUCAUUUUCAUUAAAAAUAGAUAUAGGCUGUACUUUUGCAAUUUAUCGCAUAAGCGUAUGGAUAAGUGUUUGUGGAUCAAUAACAACAACUAGUGAUAAUUUUUUUAUGGAAAAACAAUGGAAAAUUUGUACUUACAAACAUACGAAAUCAAUAAAAAAAUCGUUUGAAACAAGAGUAGACACUUUUAGAUGGUGACGCAAUAU